GUCUCACAAGAUGUGCCUCGGCUUUUGAUCAAUAAGGAACAAGCUGGACGCUCCAGUAUUGUUGAACGAGCGAUGGGCAUCCAAGGAUUAUGCUAUGGGACGAAAGAAAAUAGGAGGGAUGUUUUUUGGAGCGGUUCAUGUGAUGAUGGAUGUCGACGGUUAGCGGAACUAUUGGAUUGGGAGCACGAGCUGGAUCAGCUCAUACAAGAGGGUGAGGUGAAAUACAAAGUGAAACCAAAGUGA